AUGCCGUCGCCCGACGCGAAGGGCGAUACCCCCGCGGGCGCGCUCGCCGAGGUGAUGCGACCCGCGGACCCGCUCCUUUCGUGGCUCGAGCGCCUCCUCUCGACGGACGACGACGACGACGACGUCCGCGUCUCGUCCGUCGACGACUGCCUCGACGGCGUGCUCCUCACGCGCGCGCUCGCGAAGCUGGACGGCGAGCCCGUCACCGCGGGCGGGACGAUCGGCGCGGGCGACGACACGCACGCCGCCGCCGCCGCCGCGAUGCCGGGGCUCCACGCGUCGUUAUCCCACGCCGGGCUCGCGCGCAGGUGCGCGCCGCACGUCGUCGCGAUGUCGCGCGGGGAAGCCGCGGGCGCGCACGAUCUGCUGCGCGCGGUGUACAAGCACUAUCUCGCGAACCACGCGCAUCGCAUCCACGUCGCGAGCGCGAAGAAGGCGGAGGAGAAGGAGAAGAAGAAGGCCGCGGACGAGAGAGAAGAGGCGCACGACAUCGCGAGCGUGAGGCUGAAGGACCCGGAGACGCGAUGGCACGCCGCGGGCGCCGCCGCGAGGCUCAGCGUGGACUUCGAUUCCGACGGCGACGACGACGACGCCCCCGUCGACGCGCCCGCGACGGGCGACGGCCCCGAACCGAGCGCGACGCCGCGCCCCACCGCGGACAGGGCCUCCCGCAGAGCCGCGGCCGCGAGGCUGGCGCUCAUGGAAGGCCCGCCGUUGGACCCGGACGCGUACGUGUCCGAGCCGCACUGGGCGCCGCCGCCGGCGCGCGUCGACAGCGCGAGAUACGGCGGCGCCGCCGCGUCCGUCGCGGCGUUCGGCGGCGGCGACCGCGAUGGCGGCGCCGGCGCCGCGACGAAGCUCAUCGGGAAGGUGGAGAUCGACGUCGACGUCACCGAGGAGGGCGAGGGACCGGUACGCGCGGAGGAGGAGAGUCCGAGCGCGGGGACGGGGGCUGGGGGGGGGUUCGUGGCGAGCCCGGCGGAGCGACGCGCCGCCGCCGCCGCCGCCAAAUCCGCCGUCCCCGACGACGACGACAAAGAGAACGACGAGGCCACGCCGUCGUUGUACCCUUCGAUCAACCCGCACGGCACGCACGCGUUCGCGCUCGAGCUCGAGGGGAAUAAACGCCUGGACCGAGCGACGGCGGCGGCGCGAAGCGCGAAGAUAUCCGCGAAGCACGCGACGAGCGACGCGAAUUCGCUCGCGUCGUCGCGCGAGACGUCGCGAGCGGCGAGCGUCCGCGCGUCGCUGAAUCGCUCCGAGGCGUCGAGCGCGUUCCCGCCGCUGCCGCCGCGGGAGGACGACGACUCCGAGGACGAGGACGCGAGGGCGUCGCGGACGCUGAAGGAGGAGCGCGCCCAGAUGGCCAUCUUCGAGGCGCGUAUUCCUUACACUGGUCCCCAUACGACCGCGUCGGCGCGGUGA